AUGUCAUCUGUCUCAAAUAAAGACAUUGCUUUGUCAAUAAUCGGGUUCUUGAAACAAUCUGUCGCCGAUAAGACCAUUGCGGAGGAUUUUGUGGAGUCGAUGGAUGUUGCCAUUGAUUGUAUCGCCGAUGCAUUUGAGGUGAGCAAAGACGAUGAUAAGUCGGUAACCGAUUCUAAAUUCCAUGGAAAAUCAUUAUCUGAGUUGGUUAAAGCGUCAGUUGCUUCAUCGUCAUCAGAAGGUGCUUCCAAGGGUGAAUCUACCAGUGAUGCCAAGUCAUCAUCCAUUGUUGUUGAUGACGCCACCAAGGAGAAAGCUGACCAGUUGAAGCUUGAAGGUAACAGAUUAAUGGGAGCUAAAGACUAUGCCGCUGCUAUUGCCAAGUACACCGAAGCCAUUGGCUUAGAUCCAACUAAUGUCGUGUACCUUUCCAACAGAGCAGCCGCAUACUCUUCAUCACAAAAGCAUGCACAAGCAAUUGAAGAUGCCGAGAAAGCCAUCAAGUUAAACCCAGAUUUUUCUAGAGCUUAUUCGAGAUUGGGAUUGGCUCAGUAUGCUCUUGGAGACGCCAAAAAGGCAAUGGAAGCAUACAAGAAAGGUUUAGAAGUGGAAGGUGAUAAGCAAUCAGAAGGUAUGAAGAAAGGAUAUGAAACUGCUAAAAAGAGAGUUGAACAAGAAUUGGAAAAUUCCAUUUCCACAUCUGAUGCCAGUGGUGCAAGUGAAGGUGAAUCUGGCUCCAGGUCAGCUCCAGGUGGAGGUGCUGGUGCUGGUGCUGGUGGUUUACCUGACUUCAGCUCGAUGUUUGGUGGUGCAGGUGGACCAGGUGGCGGUUCCUUUGCCGAUAUGAUGAAUAAUCCCCAAUUGAUGGAAGCAGCGCAAAACAUGAUGUCGAAUCCAGAUGCCAUGCAGAACUUGUUCAAUAACCCGGCAGUCCGUCAAAUGGCCCAAUCUUUGGGAUUAGGUGGCCCUGAUGGACCUGACUUGUCCAAUAUAAUGAAUAACCCUAUGCUUAGUCAAUUUAUGGGAGGUAGAGGAAACAGCAAUAAUAACCAAGAUGGACAAGGUGGAAAUAAUGAGUCAUGA